UCAUAUAAUUUAUUUACAAAUAAACUCAAGAAAAAUGUCAGGAACAAUACCUGGUCCAUCUCUGAAUGCUUUCCCUAGUCGUCAAGAGUUGAAGAACUUCAGCAAUCCCCCUUCCUAUGAUUUCAAGGAUGGCUCUCCUCAGGAUAGGACAAAUGAAAGAGGGAAUAUUAAUGGUAAAAGAAAGCUAAAUAUAUUAAAAAGGCAUUCUGUCACGGAAGAUCCGAGUGACCUCCUGAUUGGUAUCUCUGAUAUGUUCGUUAACACAGACCUUAUGAGAAAAAUUAGUGAUCCUUCCCAACAUACCAAAGACGGAAUGAAAUAAAGUCGAUUGGAAAAUAGUUUCAAAAUCAAUCUUGAACAGAUUUGCUCCAUCACACAACAUCUUCAUGCAACAGCUUGACAUCUUGCGGUCUAAGAAAGAUGAUGACGAAUCAGAAGAAGAUGAGAAAGCUGAAAAUGAUCCCAAAGAAUCUCCGGGGAUUAGCCCAAAGGUUAAAAAGAACAAGGGACAUGAGGUUUGUAAAUCUCAUAAAUUAAAAUCUGCUUCUGUUAAGAAGUAUGAUACUUGGAAUGAUAAAUACUCCAGCAGCCCCCAUUUGCAGAAAAUUAGUGAAAUCAAGGAUAAACACAAAAUUAGUAGACUGAAGCUAAAAUUGCUCUGUGAUAUUAUCAAAAAUGAUAAUAAGGAGAUAGUCACAAAUGUUAAAACCAAGAGAAAUAGUUGCCAAACCAGGAGUCAGAAGUUCAAAAUUAAAAUAUCAAUGAAGCGAACUAAACAGCAGAGUUUGGAUAGAAAGGAGGCCAAGGUGAAGACUUGCAAGGGUAAUACUCAUCACAAGUCUAUCAUCUCAAAAAUGAGCACAGGAGAGUCUCAGACCUUUGAAGAUAAGUGCAGACCAAAGACUAGUUGAAAUUUAAAAUCCAAAUUCCAGAUUCCAAUGCAGAAGAGCAACAAAGAGCAAACUAGGCCUCUAAUACAUGCAUCACGAAGGAUUAAGAUAAAGAGAACUUAUUCCAAAGAUAAGAAGACUAAAAGACUUUUCUUCAAUAGAGGAAGUGCAUCAAUUCCCAGAGUUGCUUUCUUAAAGACUCAGAAUUAUAAUUUAUUCCCUUGCCAAGAUGGAGCAGCGAGUAUUCAAAAUGAUAUGAAUUUUGCUCCUAACCAUCUGUUUAAAAACCCUCAACAGGUUAGAAGAUCGAUUGAAGUGCACAAGAAAACUAUAUCAGCCCUGAACCCAAGGCAGAGGAUGGCAAAGAUUUACCUUCAGAACCUGCUUGCAUAGUUUCAUCAGGAUCACCUUCCAAUA